CCAAAAGAUCUACCUCAUUUUUAGUAAAAUUAUUAAUUAAAACAGUACAAAAGAAAAAUCAGUGAAAUCUACAAAAGAAACGUCAAAGUAAAAAUUUACCAUCAAAACGACACAACAAGAAAAGAAAAGCCAAUGAAAAAUUUGGAAAAAUUUGCGCGGAAAUUGUUAUGGAAAUUAUUUGCCAAUAUCUAAAUAAAAUGUAACGUAUUUAAAUUAAGUGUAUGAGUGAGUGAGUGAUGAUAAAAAGAGAGAGUAACUGAACGAUAUAUGAUUUAUUUCUGUGAUGUAUUAAUUAAAACGUCAUAUUGUUAAUGUUGUUGGGUUUUCGAGUGGGUACCCAAACAGCAAGAACAACAAAAAUUGUUAAACCAACUUCAACUCAAAUAAAAACUCAAGAUUACCAGCAGCAACAGCAAAAUCUAAACCAUCACCACCAUCCCAAAUACAAGAUGCCCAUUAAUAAAGUUGUAAUUUUACGUCACGGUGAGAGCGAAUUUAACAAAUUGAAUUUAUUUUGCGGUUGGCAUGAUGCACCACUAACGGAAAAAGGUCUUGAAGAUGCUUUAAAAAUCGCCGUAACCGGUCUACGUCUUCAUAAUAUGCAAUUUGAUUUCAUUUACACUUCCCUGCUGCAAAGGGCCCAUCAGACUGUCAAUGUGAAAAAGGAAAUGAAUUAUGAGAAUGUUCCCGUCAUUUAUGAUUGGCGUUUGAAUGAACGUCAUUAUGGUAAUUUAACUGGAUUUAAUAAACGUCAAGUGGCCAAUAAAUAUGGUGAAGAAAAGGUACAAAUCUGGCGUCGCUCAUUUGAUGUCUUACCCCCACCGAUAACACCCGACAAUCCCUAUUACGAUAAAAUACGCAACAAUCCUAAAUUUAAAGAUAUACCAAAAGACCAAUUUCCCGAUAAUGAAUCACUAAAAACGCUAAUGGUACGCACAGUACCACUGUGGGAAAAUGAAAUAAUGCCAAAAGUAUUAAAGGGACAAAAAGUGCUGAUAGUGGCUCAUGGAACGGUAGUAAGAGCUCUAAUGAAAUAUAUAGAAGAUAUAAGCGAUGAGGAUAUAAUGAAAUUAAAUAUUCCCAAUAGUGUACCCUGUGUCUAUCAAUACGACAUGGAAUUGGGCAUGCGUGUGGAUAAUGUCCAGUAUUUGGCUGAUGACGAUUAUGUAAAAACGGAAAGCGCCAAAGUAGCUUCUAUAGGCAAUUAAAUGAAACACACAAAUAGAAGUAAUCUAAUAUCUACAAUAAUACCAACGGACUGAUAUUUUACAAAAAAAAACAAUUGUUUCAUAGUUUAGAUUUGUAUUUGAGAAAAUUAUGAGGAAUUUAUGAAAUUCUGUUUGGGGGUUUUGUAAUACAAAUUUUAAAUGCGCAUAAAAUGUAAUUAUCAUUAGAGUGUUUAAUCUUUUUUUUUGUAAAUUUAUUAUAAAUAAAAUUAAUUUAUUGUA